GGGGUGCUGCGGCAGCCGGCUCAGCCCCAGCACCCCCCGCAGCAUGAUGGUAGCGACCCGCGCGCGCAUGGCCGGGGUGUGCGGCAUGGAGCGGGUCAGGAACGGGCCCAGCACGGCCCCCAGAGCCUCGGCCGCCGCCGGGGAGCACAGGACGCAGCCAGAGACCCGCCAUGGGGCCCCCCAUAGGACCCCCCAUAGGACCCUGAGCAGCGCCCACGGCAGCCACCGCAUCGCGGGGGGACCUCAGGCCACGCCCACUGCCGGAGACCACGCCCACACAGCGCAUAAUGAGUCCGAACCUUCCAUAUUAGGCAAAUGGUACCCGCCCUCCGUCGCUAGGCCACGCCCACAAGGGCGGGGAUUGCCGAAGCCAACGAGGGAUUGCCGAAGCUAAAGGCGGGGAUUGCCGAAGCCGAGGGCGGGGAUUGCCGAAACUGAAGGCGUGGAUUGCCGAAGCCAAGGGCGGAGAUUGCCGAAGCCAAGGUGGGGGAUUGCCGAAGCUAGAGGCGGGAAUUGCCGAAGCCGAGGGCGGGGAUUGCCGAAGCUAAAGGCGGGGAUUGCCGAAGCUGAAAGCGGGGAUUGCCGAAACCAAGGGCAGAGAUCGCCGAAGUUAAAGGCGGGGAUUGCCGAAGCCAAGGGCGGGGAUUGCCGAAGCCAAGAGCGGGGAUCGCCGAAGCCAAGGGCGGAGAUCGCCGAAGCUAAAGGCGGGGAUUGCCGAAGCUGAAGGCGGGGAUUGCCGAAGCUGAAGGCGGGGAUUGCCGAAGCCACACCGCCUCUUGGCCACGCCCCCAGAUCCGGAAGUCCCGCCUCCUCCGCUCUGUCCCCGCUCACUCCGAGGCGGUUGCCGAAGCGUGACCGGCGGCCAAUCAGCGGCGGCUCCGCGGCUGUUCGCAGCGCACACGUGUGCUCAUGCGUGUCCAGGCGUGCCCAUGGCCCGGCUCGGCCGCCUCUGCCCGUCCCGCUCCGUGCUGCUCCUGUGUGACCUGCAGGAGCGCUUCCGGCCCAUCAUCCACUGCUUCCCGCAGGUCGUCAGCGCCGCCGCCCGCGUCCGGCAGGGCUGCCAGGCGCUGGGGGUGCCGGUGCUGGUGACUGAGCAGCGCCCGGAGGUGCUUGGUCCCACCGUGCCCGAGCUGGGGGUGCAGGACCUGCCCAAGCACCCCAAGACCUCCUUCAGCAUGUUGGUCCCCCCCGUGCAGGCCGAGCUGCGUGCCCGGCCCCAGCUCAGCGCCGCCAUCCUCUGCGGCAUCGAGGCCCAGCAAACAACACUGGAUCUACUGGAGCAGGGCCUGGAUGUGCAUGUGGUGGUGGAUGCCUGCUCCUCGCGCAGCCCCAUGGACCGGGCGGUGGCGCUGGGGCGGCUGCAGCAAAGCGGCGCCUUCCUGACGACGAGCGAGAGUGUCCUGCUGCUGCUGCUGCGCGACUGCGCCCACCCCUGCUUCCGGCAGGUGCUGCAGCUGAUCAAGGAGCAGGUUCCCGGCAGGGAGCUGCUAAUGGGGGGGCCGGGGGGGCUCUGAGCGACCCCUCCAAAACACCCCCCGCAUAGGGGGCAAUAAAUGCUGCCCCCCCCCAAGA